AUGUCCUACGUCACUAUGGCCCAGCAGGGCCUCGCUGCCGUGGACGCAGCCAACUGGGAAGAGGCCCUCAACAGGCUCUCCUUUGCGCUCAAGGAAUCUCUCAGCCCAGUCUGGCUGAUUGCUCGCUCAAAGGCCCUGGCCGGGCUCGGGCGACCCCAGGAAGCCCUCGACGAUGCCGACCUUGCCUGGCACAUGGCCAUAGAGCGUAACAAGCGCGAGCUCAUGGCGACCGCCCAGUACCGUCGCGGAGUGGCCUUUUUUCAGCUCAAACAGUACGCCAACGCCGACUACUGCUUUAUGCACUGCAUGAGAAUCAUCAAGGGUGGUCCAGCAGUGCCCAAGGAGGACCCCGGUUUGGAGUUGGUGAAUGAGAAAGGGUUCUGGACCGUGACGGCUGCCGAAGCACUCGCUUCUGCUCGCUACGAUGAUAUUGGCAAGAAGGACAGCACGUUGCAGGGGGAAAAUCCAUUGGCUGCGGCGGCGGCAAACAGGCCGCACUUUAGGGAAUGGCGGAUGGCUAGCAAUAUGCGAAUCCAGGCCCUGUCGGCCAUGGAGAAGCUGCCGACGGAUGACGACGCAAGGAAGCUGACGACAACUAUGGUUCCCGAGAAAAAGGGCCUCGCCGACCAUCAGUCUUCCAAGGUCGGUGUGGAAGCUGGAAAGGUGGAGGCUGCUAAAGCUCAGACUGCAAAGACGGUGGAGGAUUUCCAAAGCAACACGCAGAUGUCAGUUUCAAUCUUCUCAAAGGGUGUGAACAAGGAGAAGCUCCAAGUCCAGUUCUUAGAGUCUUCGGUCCGUCUGGAUCCUGUUGUCUAUCCAAACGGCGACGAGAAGGAGUUUGAGCUUGACCUGUGGGGAGAAAUUAUUCCUGCCAAGUCCCAGUAUACCGUUACGCCCAACAAGGUUGAGCUGAGCUUGGCCAAGAAAACGCCUGGCAAAUGGGCAACCCUCAAGGGUGAUGGAUCAGCCAAACGAGCAGCACCAGUUUCCAGUUCUCAGGUCGUGGAAACAACUUCCGAGAAAGCUCCAGCUCCAGCUCCAGUCCCAGCUGCGGCCCCAGCACCAGCUGCGACACCGGCCUAUCCCACGUCUUCACGCAGUGGUCCUAAAAAUUGGGAUCAGUUCGGGGCCGACGAAAAUUCAGAUGACGAGAAGGAUGUUAACCUGUUCUUCAAGAAACUGUACAAAGGCGCCACCCCUGAGCAGCAACGGGCCAUGAUGAAGAGCUUCACGGAGAGCAAUGGAACCUCCCUGAGCACGAACUGGGAUGAUGUCAAGGGUAAGAAAGUCGAGACUGUGCCUCCCGAAGGAGUUGAGGCAAAGAAGUGGUAG